AGCCUAUUGGCCGACGGAAUUUCUUACUUUCCCUUUUCUAUUCCCACCCGACCCCAACACUGCCCAUAUUGCCAUACAGCGUACAUCGACCUCUGAACUUGAUCCUUGGAGCUUUUUUAGCUGCAUUGGGGAGUACCGGAGUACACACCGCAGUAACGGCACGAUACAUUCAUUUUAAGUACUCACAUACAACCUACCCACCCUUUCCUUCCUACUAUCGCCGCCCACCCACCUUAGUACAAUCUACAUCCAUGCAUAUGUACUAAAAGCCCAGAAACCCACCCUGGUACCUGCAAUACCUAGUACGCCAAUACGCCAAUACGCCAAUAUAAUACGAAAUACAUACACAUGGCAUUCACCAUUCACGUAUUACCUAACUUACAACUUUCUGCCUCCACCACCUACACCACUCUUCUUCCUUUACCUUUUCCAAACACAACCGCAUAUACCCAUAUCCAACGCGUCAUAUCUUACUGACAUUGUUUUAUCUUUGCUGGUAGAUCCAUUGUCGCGUAAUCCUGUCAUGGAUUCGUUUGUAACCAUGUCGCCGACGCGCGCCUUCUCUUCAGAGUCCAGCGUCGGUGCGGCUGGUGACACAUUUUCUAACGCCACGUCACUGAGCUCAACACCCCCGACCACCAUAGCCGACACCAUUAGCCUUGCAUCGGAGACUUCUAAGAUGGACGUUCCUACCUCAAUUGGUCGCAGUGACGACCCCGCCGAUCAAAUCGACGUCGACGCGCCAUCCGAGGUCGCCGACUCCAUUGUCGCGUCUGCCGAGCUUCCUAGUCUUAUUCAACUACCUGACCUUUCCGAUUCGACCGCGCAGACUGCCAUUGACACGCCCACGAACGUUCGUUCGCGACGAGAACGACAGAGCGCGCCUAUUUACAACAUCGCCGAGUUAGCUGGCACUGCCAUUCAUGGUAAACGCCGAUCUAAGGGUGACGAUGUAUCCGACCGAAAGCGCCGAAAUACAGUUACCGGCGGCACUCCGAUCGACGGCGAGGGGGAGAGUCAUGGUGUCGCGAAAUCUCCCAAGUCUGCUAAGACGUCUAAGUCAACUGAGGCUGGGCGCUCUCGGCGGAUUUCUACGCGUUCAUCUGGCAUUGAAGCAGAGACUCUGGCGGGUAAGUUGUCUACUCUAGGCAAACGUGGUAGAAAGACCUUCGAAAGGGGUAUUUCUAAGAUGUCGCGUGAAUUACGACGUCUACAAGAUACCGAUGAGUUCGCUGGCAUCGACAAGAAGCCCGUUCUGUAUACCACUUGGGCCAACGGAAAGUAUGUCAACGAGUCCCAGCCUCCCAAGAAGAAGGCCAAGGUGGCCGACGAGACCCCCGCCGUCCCCACCCCCGAGCCAGAACCUGCCGUCGAAGAAGAUCUGGUCCCUAGAAAGAGACGAGCCAAGAAGUACCUCGAUCGAGGUUUAUAUGCCGGCCAGGAUACACCGGUAGAUAUAUACCAAAGUCUCACUCCGUCAGAGAAGAAGAGCCUGGCUCAGCUACCCGAGCUGAUGCCCAGCGGCGGAGUGAACAAGGUGAUGCCUAUGCCCAUGUACAACGGCAUGCGCACGUUGAUCCAUGGCAGAGAUUUUAAACUACCUUUCGACAUCUGCCACCCGCUCCCACCCGGGCAGCCGAAGCCUGAUGAAUGGCGGAAGAUAACGAAGAAUCGAUUCGUUGGCGACGCUGGAGCCUACUGGAAAAAGACACCCCAUUUCAAGGAUAAUACCUCGAAAUGCGUGUGCAAGCCACAGGAAGGAUGUGGAGAAUCAUGUCAAAACCGCAUUAUGCUUUACGAGUGCGAUGAGACGAACUGUAACGCCGGCCCCGAGUUCUGUCAGAAUCGUCCGUUUGCUCAGCUGCAGGAGCGUACUAAGGAAGGCCGCAAAUAUCACAUAGGCGUCGAGGUUCUCAAGACCGAGGAUCGAGGUUACGGAAUUAGAGCCAAUCGCUGCUUUGAACCUAACCAGAUCAUCAUGGAGUACACGGGUGAGAUCAUCACCGAGGAAGAGUGUGAUCGUCGUAUGAAUGAGGUGUACAAGCAUAAUCAGUGCUAUUACUUGAUGUCUUUCGAUCAAAACAUGAUCAUUGACGCGACGACUGGUAGUAUCGCUCGUUUCGUCAACCACUCGUGUGAUCCGAACUGUAAAAUGGUUAAAUGGAUCGUUUCGGGACAGCCUAGAAUGGCGCUUUUUGCCGGAGACCGCCCGAUCAUGACAGGCGAAGAGUUGACCUACGACUACAACUUUGAUCCUUUUUCGGCCAAGAACGUACAGAAGUGUCUGUGUGGUAGUACUAACUGCCGAGGAGUAUUAGGACCAAAGCCCAAGGAGCAGAAGCAACCGAAGGCAGCUAAGGGGAGUUUAACAGAAACUGUCAAGAAAGGGGUCAAUGCAAGCAAGAGAAAAUUUAAGGAUGUUCUUGGCGAGAAGGACGACGAUGAAGGAAACGCAGCCAAGAAACGUAAGAUCAAGAUUCCGACGGGCCCCAAGACGCACGGUGCUCGGGGCAGCUUCUCUACCGCUGGCCUUAAAGCAGCUAAGGGAGCAGCUACUGCUUUCAAGCGUAGCAUGUCUUCGAUAUCGGGCGGUGCUAAAUCCGCUCUCAGCUCGAAGUCAGCUACCGGUAGCAAGACGACCUCGGCCCGAAAAUCUAAGGCUGUGGUUAGAACCUACAGCAAGACUAAGGCGCAGUCGAAGCCCCCGGCUAGGCUCCGAACGAGCCCGAGAAUACCGCAUUCGCCUAAUUCGGGUUCUACUAUUAUCGCCGCAGGAUUCGAGAAAGCUACAACGUCCGUUUCUGCUAGCAAGAAGACGAUAACCUCAUUCGAGUACGACGAGGCAGACGAGGAGGAUGAGAAAGACCACCAUGGCUUAGUGUCCUCCAAAAGAAUUGUCGAGGUAUCCCGAACUGAGAGCAAGAUUCGAAUUGUUGAAUCAUGAAAAAUUAGCCAACCUUUCCGGAUAGGCACCGAUGUCUAGAUUAGCAUCCAACCAGCAUUGCGUUUAGCACAUGGGCCUUCAGGCCAAUCCGGUAUUGUGUUCUGAGAUUACCAGACCUUUUUGGUGAGGUGUGA